GCCGAAGAGUUCCAUUCUCGCCCAAAAUGUGUGGAAGAACCGCGUGUACGCUGGCUUCUGACGAGGUGAGCCGAGCCUGUUCUUACAGAACCCGGGCAGGGCAGCGCAGACAGCCCCGCUGGAGGGAUGGAGACGCGGACACCUACCGACCCUCUUACAACAAGAGCCCCCAGUCUAGGAGUCCCGUCCUGCUGUCCCAGAGGCACUUUGAUAAGAAUGCUCCUGUGGAUGAGUGUGUGUUGGCCUCCAUGCGCUGGGGUCUGGUUCCUUCCUGGUUCAAGGAGAACGAUCCCAGCAAGAUGCAAUACAGUACCAACAACUGCCGCAGUGAAAAUAUAUUGGAGAAGAAAACCUACAAGGACUCCCUGAUAAAAGGACAGCGCUGCGUCAUCCUGGCUGAUGGCUUUUAUGAGUGGAAGAGGCAGGCAAAAGACAAGCAGCCGUUCUUCAUCUACUUCCCUCAGACCCAGGGAACCAGUCAGAAGAAAACUGAGGAUGAGGAUGACCCCGCGACCUCAGCCCGCAAUAAGGAGAAUUCAGAGACAGUGAGCCCUCCAGGGAAGGCCUCCCCUGACUUGACAGAGGGAGGAGAACCACUAAGUGAGUGGACUGGAUGGAAGUUGCUCACCAUGGCUGGACUGUUUGACUGCUGGACACCUCCUGGUGGUGGAGAACCCCUCUACACAUACAGUGUAAUCACUGUGAACGCUUCCAUGAACCUGGAAGGCAUUCACGAUAGGAUGCCAGCGGUCCUGGAUGGAGAGGAAGAAGUGAGACGAUGGCUGGAUUUUGGAGAGGUGAAGACUCAAGAUGCCAUGAAACUGCUUCAGUCUAAGAACACGUUGACUUUUCACCCAGUUUCUUCAUUAGUAAACAACUCUCGCAACAACUCUCCGGAGUGCCUUCAGCCCAUAGACCCCAACAGCAAAAAGGAGCCCAAACCCACAGCCAGCAGUAAGAUGAUGAUGAGCUGGCUGAAGAGCAGCGCACCCUCAAAGAGAAAGGAGCCCUCCGCGUGUGAGACUAAAGAAGAGCAAGAAAGCGAGGCAAAGGCUGAGUGCAAGUCUACAGGAGCACUUCGACAGUGGCUUCAGGGGGCCAAUAAGAAACCAAGAACCAAAUGAAGAGAUGAACUGGGACUGAAACGGCAGUGCUUAAAAGACCAUUUAGACAUUAUUUAUUCCAAUCAACUAUCUUGACAGUUGCGAGAAAAACAUGCUUUUGCUCGUUAACUGUUUUAAAAAUAAUAAAAUUGCUACACAGAGACUA